CGCAUGUGUGUUUGCGGGCGGCGGGCCGGAGGCUGCGACGGGGAUCCAGCUCCAGCUCCAGCUCCCGGUCUGUGUUUCACUGGGGGGGCCGCCUAGGCCCAGAGACCGCCCCGGCCCCGGACUGGGAGACCCCACUAUUACCCGCUGGUGGUGGGGGGUGGGGCAGCUGUUCGACUCGAGGAGGCUUCACGGUUCCGAGGAGUGAGUAUGGCUGAAAACCAGCCCACAGCACCAGCGUCGGAGGGGGCGAUGGACAUGGACCAGGUGGAGUACACCCUGCGCAAGAGGCUGCCGCGCAAACUCCCGAAACGCAAGAACGACAUCUACGUCAACAUGAAGACGGACUUCAAGGCGCAGCUGGCUCGCUGCCAGAAGAUGCUGGACAGCGGCUGCUUCAGCGAGAUCUGCAUCCACGGCCUGGGGCUGGCCAUCAACCGCGCCAUCAACAUCGCUCUGCAGCUCCAGGGGGGCAGCUUUGGGAGUCUGCAGAUCGCCGCCAACACCUCGACUGUCGAGCUAGUGGAUGACCUGGAGCCAGAACUGGACGAGGGCGAGCCCCUCACCCGCACCAGAAACAACUCCGCCAUUCACAUCAAAGUCUUCCACACACUCCCUCAGUAGCAAGCAGUGGCUCUCAGUGUUUACAGUAGUGGGAGGAUUGUGACAUGUAUCUCUGGAGAAACUCAUUCGUGCAUUCAACACCAUCAAAAUAUAUCCUGGAUGCUAAGUAAAGGACUGCUGUUUUCAUUUGCAAUGUUUUCGGCUAAAAUAAUUUUAUUUGAAGUGAAAUUGAUUCAAGUUAUGAAUUCAGUACAUUUGUUGUGAUUCUGUUGGAAUUAUGUGUACAAGGUAUUAUGAGCAUAACCUCACCAUGGAGGCAGGAGAAGCUGUUACACCCAAGGGUGUUUAAGAACCUUGUAAUCACUCCCCAAGUAUUUAUUUUAAACUCUUAUUUAUUGGACCAGUGGACAGUUGCUCCUGAUAUCACCCAUUUACUCCUGUGUUACUCCUCAACUCUCAGGCUGAGCCACUGCUUGGUGCAGUCUUUCCUGAACGUGCCAGUGGUUCAUUUCUAUACUUCCGUUGGAUCCUCUGUGCCAAGUUUGAACGUUUAUCCCAGACUCGCUCCAGUGGUACUGUGGGUGAGCCACACUUGUAUAGGUGUGAAACAGAGGCCCCCUGCUGCCCAUUUGAGCUGAUGUUAAAGGUCCCAGGGAUAUUAUUUGAACAGGAGUGGUUGGGGGGUGGGGGGAGUAGCCCAUUGGUGUCUCCGAGUUAACAAUUACCACUCAAUAUCACCGAAACAGACAAUCCUGUCAUCAUCAUGUUGCUGUCUGUGCGAGCUUGCUGUGCACCACUUAUGUGUCAUAAAUUGCAAACAAGGCUAAUUAGCUGUCAAGCACUUUAGGAUGUCAUAUGCUUGUGAUGCUGUAUAUCUCUCCUUAGUGCUCUGAAUAUAAAGCAAGUUUGGACAUUU